AUGUCGGCACUGGCCCACGUUGCUUCGCCUCAAACUAAGAAGGCCCCUGUGGUUGUGCAGCCGGACAGCUACGCUCUCAGCCUUCCUGAUGGCUCCAAGUUCACUGUCGUCGUCUCUCACGACAAGGCGUCGUCCGAAGCCGUCAAGACCGAGGCCAAUGGCGAGCAGGGCCAAAGAGUGCGACACGUUGUCAAGCUGUCGUCGCACAAGUCACACGAUUGGAUUGAUACCGAGAGCACAUUCUUGGUGACAUCGCCUCUCCCACCUUAUGCCGAUCCAUCAGCCGAGCCAGACACCAAUAGUCUGGCGUACCGCACCCAACGUUUUGCUGAAACUCAACUGCAGCUGCCGGAUGCUGAUCAACUAAACUCGAAGAAGAUCUGGAACUGGAUCAACGUCUUCUAUGCUCUGUGGCCGCAACAGGAGCACGUGCUCCUCAAGACAGAGGGGUUGCCUGAUCAAGUUGUCGCUUUCCUAGUCUCGUCGAAGCUCGCCAUUCUGGACCCUUCGACUCCACCGUCGCUGUCGAUGCCUGGAUCAAAGACGCAGGUAGACACGAGUCGACUUCUGGUUCCUCGAGCUGCGUUCUGGCAGGGAUUCGGCUCGCCCACAGCGGGGUUCGCACCGUGGGUUCUGCCUCUUGCCGACGCAGCUACGCUGGCUGCGCUCACCUCUUCCAACGCAGAGACAGUCACGUCUCCGCUCGCAGAGCCGUUCCGACCACGUCCUUCUGCGGGACCGAUUUACUCGCGCUUCAUUCCUGGACUGAAUUCGCAUCUCACCUUCCGCGUAGCCUCGUCAACCAACGCGAAGGAUGUGGAUAUUAUCACUGCCUGGCAUGCUACCGACCGCGUCAACCAAGGCUGGAGACAACGCCUUAGCCGCGAAGACCAGUUAGCUGGGAUGCAGAAGAACGAACAGAACGCCUACACAAUCGGACUGAUCGGAGAGUGGGAUGGCGAGCCGUGGGGCUAUGUCGAGAUCUACUACUCGAAGCACUCGAACCUGGUGGAUUUCUACACGGCGGGACAGCACGACCGCGGCUUCCAUGCGCUGGUGGGCGACGAGCGCUUCCGUGGUCCGCAUCGCGUGCGUUCGUGGAUGGGCAGUGUGGUGCAUCUCAUGUUCUUGUUGGAUCCCUCGACGAUGCAGUGCGUAUCGGAGCCUCGUCUGUCCAACACGAAGAUGGUGCAGUACGAGGCGAUGGUGGGUGGUAACGUAGAGAAGUACAUCGAUUUCCCGCACAAGAGGGCAGCGCUGGUGCUGUUUGGCAAGGAGAGGUUCUUCCAGCUGUGUCCCAUGAGCCCGCUGCCCGAGCACUUGGCUUAG